GACUGUUGUCUUACUUAGAUUGGCUUGUCUUAUUUGCAAAGCACAACUGGUUGGUAGAGCUUUCAAAACAAAUUUCACACAGCAACCUUUGAAGUACUAUAAUCCCAUUUCCUGUAAAACUAUCUGGAUUUCACCAGAGAGAUUUCAUUUGUUUCACGAUCACGCUAUUCCAGUUUUUGACCCACUUUUGCUCUAAAUUGAUCUGUUUUUUAUCAAACUGUUCACGAUGUUUUUCUAUCCCACGGUGCUCAAUCACAGGACUGGGUGCUUUGCCACAAUUUGGUUGGCGGCCACUAAAGGACGAAAGAUCAGUCGGAGAGAUCUGCUCAAAGUCAAUGUCCAGCGCACUUGCUGUGACAUCAUGGAUUAUGUGUUGGUCAGAGUCCCGCCCCCUGUAUCAGGAAUGCCCCGCCCACGUUUCUCCCUGUACCUGUCCUCUCAGCUGCAGUAUGGAGUGGUGCUUGUCUACCACAGACAGUGUGAAUUUUUGUUAGAGGACACUCAGGGGGCAAUAGAUAGAUUGCUUCGCCUUAACGUGAAGUCCAACAUUGAUAUGAGGGAUGAAGAAACCAGGCAGAGUCACAUGAUCCCAGAUGCUGCUGCACUAUUUGAUGAAACAGAGGGAGCGAGGGACCCAUUCUUUGGCGUUAUGGAGACUGGUUAUAGCCUGCCGAGUCCAAGCAGCCUCAUCCAGCGAAUGGAAGAGGUCUUACCUGAUCAAGCCCCGCCCACUAGAGAACCCACACCACCUUCAGAUGGCAUCACUGCCAGCCAGGAGUCCAUCACCCUGACAGAAAGAGAGCCAGUCAUCAUGCCUGAGCCAGAGUUUGAAGGAGCAGAUCUGCAGGAGUCUGACAUGAUCGAGCUACUGCUGGAGCAGCCAGAUCACUUUCUUGAGCGUGAUGAUGAGAGGCAGCUGGAGAUAGACAGGGAAAGAGAGCAAAUAGAGAAAGAGACAGAAGAGGACAGAGAGCCCAGGAUGCCUGAUGAAAGAGAGCAAGAGAGAGCAGCACUUGAGCGAGAGGCAGCCAGAGAUCUGACAACAUCAGUCUCCUUAGAUCUGGCACAGAUCACUGGUGCAUCAAGCCAGGAGGCUGUCCUGCUGCCUGAGGAGGAUCUGGGGCUGCCCAUGGAAAUGCCUGUGUUAGAAGAACGUGAAAAGACCCCGGUAUCUGUGUCUGUACCAAUACCGUCCCCUCCGCCUGGUGAAGAGGAGAAAGGGGGUGUUGAACCCAGAGAAGAGAGGGCAGUGAGAGAGAGGAGCCCUGAUCUUGAGCCUGCCGUAGCUAGGCCUGAAUCCCCUACAGAGCGGAGGAAGAGGAGGAGACAGCUGUUCUUCAUUGAUAAAAACACACAGAUCUCUCAAGAGGAAAUGAGGGCUCGGAUUGAUGACGUCGAGACAGAGACCAGGCCACUGGCAUCACUAGUCAAACCACCGUUUGAGAAGAAGGGUGCUAAAGAACUGCUCGAGAACCCUUGCAUGAGCCUCCCACCUGAGAUCCUGGCACUAUGGAAACAGGCCGCGGUCCUGAGGCCCAUCCCUCCGUCCCGGCAGCGCGGGGAGGAGAUACCAGAGAGAGAGCAGGAGAGACCAGAACUGGGACAGAGAGAGGAGGAGGAGAGAGAGCUUAGCUCUAAAGAGAUUCCCAGAGAAAUGUUGGAGUCUGGCCUCUUCCAGCAAGAAACACCAGCCUCUCUGGUGGUUUUGGAGACGACGGACAAGGAUUUCUCUCCACUGGAGACUCCUGAAAUGAGACGAUCCCCUGUUCCAGAAAUUCAGUUCGGUCUUGAGGGCAUCCCAGAAGAGAGGGUCCCAGAGAUGGAAGAUAUUACAAAGGAUAUCGAGGAACAAUUAAGGCCACAGGAUGUUAUUGAAGGUUUGGUAACCUUUCACUCUCUGCUGCCCCCUCAGGCCAGCCGCAGAAUUGUUUCCCAAAUGUUUUUGAGAUUGCUAGAGGAAAUAGUCGCAGGACAGGUCACAGUGCGACAGGACGAGCCGUAUGGUGACAUCUUCAUUUCACAGCUGUAGAUCGAUGAGGACUUGUCAAUGUUUCCAGACAAAAUUGGUAUGAGGAUAUUUAUUCACAUGGCUUAUUAUAUCAGUGUUCAGGUUUAUGUAUUUUUAAAAUGAAACCGUUUUAGUUGUGCUAAAAUUACUGAUGGUUUAACAC